ACCCAGUCCUUAAAACCCCCGGGUAGAGGGAUGGCGCGUGUCGCCUCUGGGGUGCGUUGCAGACACCUCUGCAACGCCAGCUUGAAAGCCGCCCCGGGCCUGGGAUUUGAUUCCACUUUAUCAACUCCUAACCCCCACCCAUCUCAACCGCAACUCCAACUCCGUGAGAAAGCCCCGACUUUGCGGAGGAGCCCCAGGUGCAGUGGAGCUCAGCAAACUUGAGACACUUUUUCCCCCCCUCUCCUCCACCCCAAUCCAAGUUUAGGUUCUGACUGAGCCAAGAGUGGGUGCUAAAAGCAGCGGGCAUCAGGUGUCUAGGGCGGGCCUCCGGGUCUCUGGGGACUCUCAGGUUGAAGUCUUGCUCUGGGCAGAGGCUCCAGGGCGUUUUCCCAGAGCCGGUGGCUCUGCACCGCUGGAAAAACCACGCUUCGUCGCAGCAUGGCCACCAGCCUUAACGCAGACAGCCCGCAGCCGCUGAGCCCGCUGUCUACCCAGCAGACCACACUUCUGCUACUCCUCUUGGUCCUGGCCGCCGUGCACUUGGGACAGUGGCUGCUGCGACAGUGGCGGCAGAAACCGUGGUCCUCGCCCCCGGGUCCUUUCCCUUGGCCACUGAUCGGAAAUGCGGCGUCUGUGGGCCGAGCGUCACACCUGUACUUUGCUCGCCUUGCGAGGCGCUAUGGGGACGUUUUCCAGAUCCGCCUGGGCAGCUGUCCCGUCGUGGUGCUGAACGGCGAGAGUGCCAUCCACCAAGCCUUGGUGCAACAGGGCAGCGUCUUCGCGGACCGGCCGCCCUUUCCCUCUUUCCGCGUGGUGUCUGGUGGCCGCAGCCUGGCGUUUGGCCACUACUCGGAGCGCUGGAAGGCGCAGCGACGCGCGGCCUAUGGCACGAUGCGCGCCUUCUCCACGCGCCACCCGCGCAGCCGCCGCCUCCUGGAGGGCCACGCGCUGUGCGAGGCGCGAGAGUUGGUGGCGGUCCUGGUGCGUCGCUGCUCCGGCGGCGCCAUCCUGGAUCCGACGCAGCCGAUCAUCGUGGCGGUGGCCAAUGUCAUGAGCGCCGUGUGCUUCGGCUGCCGGUACAACCACGACGAUGCCGAGUUCCUAGAGCUGCUCAGCCACAACGAAGAGUUCGGGCGCACGGUGGGCGCAGGCAGCCUGGUGGACGUGCUGCCCUGGCUGCAGCUCUUCCCUAACCCGGUGCGCACCGCCUUCCGCGAGUUCGAGCAGGUCAACCGCAGCUUCACCAACUUCGUCCUGGACAAGUUUUUCAAGCACCGCGAAAGCCUGGUGCCCGGGGCUGCUCCCCGAGACAUGAUGGACGCCUUCAUCCUCUCCGCGGAAAAGAAGGCGACCGGGGGCCCUGGCGAUGGUCCCUUCGGGCUGGAUUUGGAGAACGUGCCGGGCACUAUUACGGACAUCUUCGGAGCCAGCCAGGACACCCUCUCCACCGCGCUGCUGUGGCUGCUCAUCCUCUUUACCAGAUACCCUGAUGUGCAGGCUCGGGUGCAGGCUGAGUUGGACCAGGUUGUGGGGAGGGACCGUCUACCCUGCAUGGAUGACCAGCCCAACCUGCCAUACGUCAUGGCUUUCCUUUAUGAAUCGAUGCGAUUUUCCAGCUUUCUGCCUGUUACCAUUCCUCACGCCACCACGGCCAACACCGUUGUCCUAGGCUACCACAUCCCCAAGAACACGGUGGUUUUUGUCAACCAAUGGUCUGUGAACCACGACCCAGCCAAGUGGCCUAACCCAGAGGACUUUGAGCCAGCCCGAUUCCUGGACAAGGACGGCUUCAUCAACAAGGAACUAGCCAGCAGUGUGAUGAUUUUUUCCGUGGGCAAACGGCGGUGCAUUGGGGAAGAGCUCUCGAAGAUGCUCCUGUUCCUUUUUAUCUCCAUCCUUGCUCAUCAGUGCGAUUUCAAGGCUAACCCAAACGCGCCCUCAAACAUGAGUUUCAGUUACGGCCUGACCAUUAAGCCCAAGUCGUUUAAAAUCCACGUGUCUCUCAGAGAGUCCAUGGAGCUCCUUGAUAGUGCUGUUCAAAAGCUGCAAACUGAGGAGGCUGGUCAGUGAGAAGCCAGAGGUAGCUGAAAUGUUACAACACCCGCCUCAUUAACUGGGGAGGAAAACACAGCGUUUUUUGUUUGUUUUUUUCCAGUUCCACUUUGGCCAUCACGUCUCUGAAGUGAGCAGAAACCAAGUGGCCUGAAGGUGAGGCAUGUUUACCAUGGCUCCUCCGGGGCCCAUGCCACCGUUACUGGCUGUAUUUUUUGAAUCAGAGUAAAAGGGCCCAAGGAAUUUGGAUCCUGUCAGCAAAACCUUCCUAAGGGAACUUCCCCCCCCCCCCAAUUAAACAUACGCACACAUAUCAACAGUUGUGCACAACUACCCAAGAAAGUAUUUCAGUGAUUCUGCCUUUGUAGGUAGAUUUGAGAUGGAACUUCUACGUGCAGAAAUUUACCCCUUCAGAAACCACACUAAGCAAAGGUUUAGGAUAUACUCAAGAUUCGAACACAAGUAAUUUCAGUGUAAAACUGUAAAGACCAGAAAUUCUCCACCAAGAAACAACCUACUUAGGAAAGUAUUUUAACUCCUCGGAGGUAGCCCUGGGUGAGGUUUUCUUUCUGCCUGCAGAUGUGCCUCCCACUCUAGGAUGGACCCUAAAGUCAGUUGCUCAAAAAGAAAUGAAUAGUUUAACUUAAUAACUGCAGUAGAGUUCAGCGAUUAAUUAAUUUAAAGGUAAAUUGUUUAGAUGGCAAAUUUUGUUUUCUACAAGUUAAAGUUGCAUGCCAUUUGGCUGCUAAUGUGAAGUAUUCCAGUUAGGAGGAGGAAAAAUAUUUGCUAGUCCAACGUAAGCUUUCAGAUACGGGACUGUAAUAAACCUGUAUCAGUGAUAAGUCUCACAAACUAAAAAAACAAAACAAAACAAAACCUCAUGUCACCAAAUAGCAUUCAAUGCAUAUAAAUUUGUUACAUAAUUACUCAUAAACAUCAUAUGAAUAUUAAUUAUUUGAUCAGCAAAACAUUUGAAUGAUAUAUUUCUUAUGUCAUAUAGUAAACCAAAAAGUAUAUAUAAUCCGUUGAAAUUUGCCCAGAUCCACGCAAUGAGCUAGACUAAAUGGAUCUGUUUUGACAUCAGGGAACCAAGUAACAAAGAUUUUUUUUUUUUCCCCAUUCAAGGUUCAGACAAGGAACAAAUCUCAAAACUAAACCAGUUAAAAUAUGUUCUUAUCUGGUAGUUGUUAUGAUAAAGAUGCUCCUUUUGGAAUUGACCCCAUUAAUAUGUUAAGGUUCCAAACUCUUGGCAUGCUUCGAUUUUAAAUUAAUUUAAAAUCCAUCUUGAUUACUUUGUUUCAGUUGAAGCUAGAGGAAAUAGCAUCACCAUCCCUUCAAAGGGGAGACACCUAACCUUUGUCUGAGGACAAAUGCUGAAACAAGGCCAUGGAUUUUCUAGAUGUUCUUUGUAUUAGGACAUACGAGAGGAAACUCAUUACAACUGGGCAAUUUCUUUUUAACCGUUAUUAUUAUUGUUGUUGUUACUGUUUUUGAAGUUGAGUAUUAAGGUCUGUGGGGUUUUUUUUUAAAUUGUCUUGGGAGGCUGUUUAGUGAUUGCAUUGUGAGACGGUGGGGAUAGCUAAAAUCAGUUCUCUUAUUUCGGAUGGCACACUAUGAGCAGUUACCUUUUGGUCUCUGGGAAAGAGGAAACAGAUGCAUUUGGAUUAUGUAAACAAGCUGAAAACCCUUGGAGAAGGGCUGGAAGAGUGCAGAAGUAGGAGCAGGGCUGGUGGGGGAUUCCCAUUUCUGUUUUCCUUGCCAUUAGACGGAACAAAAGAAGCCCACUGUGCUCAGAGAGCUUACUGUUUGCUCUGUUUCUCUGGGCUUUGUGGAAUUUUCAUAUCAGAAUUAGAAAGGAUGGAGUGUGUGAUGCCUUUUGUGUGGAGGCAGCCAGAAGCUGCAAGAAAGAUGUUUAAAUGGUUCCCAUUCACUGCAAAUUAAUUUAUUGAACUACAAAAUUUGAAACAUGAACAUUUCGGGGGGGGGGGGGGAGAAGAUGUUUGGAGUGACAGCCCUUAAAUUUUAAGGGUAUCUUAAGAAUCGCCCGAACCUUCCUCUACCUUCCACCUCUACAUCUAUUUUGUAGUUGGAGAUUGAGUUAUAAAAAUUUAAUCUUUAUUUAAAGGUUUUCACCACAGAACCCCUUGAAUGUGAAACACGGGUUGUGUCAGUAUUUUAAAAGCCUUAAUUUCAACUACAGAAAGGAACUCUAUCCAAAGUUUUUUUAUUUGUUUUUUAAGUCUUCUUAAAAGCAUGCAUCUCAGUAGGACUGGGGCAGAGACAUGGGCUCCUGUGGCCUCUUUCUCUGAGAAAUCCGUCAUAGUGAAAGUCGUCAUGUACCAAUCUGGACCCCUCAUUAAGUUAACCAGACCCAGACGUGCGUUUCGUGAAUGUGGGCACGGUUUUCACCAGAUGCUUUCAGCGACAGAGGAAGAAGCAGGGGUGCUUUAUUUAAUGUUUUUAGAAACUAGUGAAAGGAAGGAGGUCGUAAACCAGAAAUGAGCAACAAUUACCAAAUCUGGAGGCUAUCGUGAUGGAUUUACUGGCUUAAUCAGAAAGCCUGAUGUUAUUUCUCCCACAGAAGGACUUCAUUUGCUGAUCACCACAUAAGGCAGAAUGUUCAGCUCAGCACAGCAAAAGUACUUUCUUACUAAAUGCCUCAUUUGGGUAUUAAUGCUUGGACUGUGUCAGAACAUCCUUUUUUAAAAAAAAAAAAAAAAACAAAAAAAAGAUGUCUCGGGUAUGUUUUGUGGGUUAAUCAAAAGAGUUCAUGCCCCAGAACUUAGCCUUUACCUGUGAAAUAUUACCACACUCUUAAUGUUUUCGCACCAGGGCUGUAUUAGAUCAAGUAGAUACAUCACCGUGUAUGUUAAUUAGUAUGUUUUUUAGCUGUGACACGAUUGUAUGAUAAAGAGUACAUGUUACCUGGUGACUAUAACCCAUGCAUAACUUCCUAUUUAGCCUCUUCUUGUGUUUUUAUACUUUAUCAUGUAUGUUCUUUGUGUGUAUAUAGCUGAUACAGUGCACAGUCAUAACCAAGACAGAUUCUAUGCACACAGCAUUAACUAAUGUGUAGCCUUUACCUUUUGAUGUACUAAAAUUUUUUAAAAAAGUUUUAUUGGUCAUUAUCUAUUACAAAACACCAUUACCUAGACAAUAAAAUUCACUUUCAUAAUUCUA